AACAAGCCAUCUGUUUAAUAGUUGAAGGCAGUCGGUCCAGAGAAAAUCACCUUCGACAUCGAUUAGGUGAUCUCACAAAGAAAAAUUCCUUUGUGACGAUCUCACAAAAGCAAUCUAAAUUGCUUAUUGUGGUCGUAGAACAUACCACCUGUUUAAUAAUUGAAAGCAGUCGAUCCAGAGAAAAUCACCUUCGAUAUCGAUUAG